GAGCAUGUUGCCAACGCUCUCUCUCUGCUCCAUCAUCUGGCUCAACCGGGGUAUCAAGCUUAGGAAAGUGCACCAGUCCACCAACACGGGUCAGGUGUGAAACCGCUGCCACCGCAGACAUAGCAGCAGCAGAACGCUACCUUGCCGACGUUUGAAAAUGCUUCUAAGCUUUGGGUGACUCCCCCUUCUCCCCUCACCCCUCCCCCAACGCUACAAGGUACCAACACCAGACUCUAGUGACUUAUGAACCUUUUUGGUUUCUGAGGAGGAUUUCUAUAGAGGCGAACCCCGUUGUUGCAGUGGGACUCGAGCUGCACCAUCUAAUCCUCUGUUCGGUGGCCAUUUUGAUUUUUCCUUCUCUAACAAAAUGGCAGCGGAAGGUUUCCAGUACCGUGCCCUCUACACAUUUACCAAGGACCAGGAAGAAGACUUGGAUCUGCAGCCGGGGGACCUCCUGACUGUGAGCAAGGCCUCUCUACUGUCCAUGGAGAACUACCAGGAGGGCUGUGUGGAGCAGCCUGAGUGCCUAGGCUGGCUCCUCGGGUACAACGAGCGCACCAAACAGAGAGGUGACUUCCCAGGGACGUAUGUCGAGUACGUGGGCCCCAUCAAGAUGGCGCUCCCAUCCAGUCAACCGAGGUCCCAGCGGCCCCUCCCUGCUGCUCCCAGACUAGAGUCAUCUCAAGCUGUUUCUGUGCUGGACCUGAGUGAGCAGUUCACACCGCCAGAGACGGCUCCCCCAUCCCUCGUCAGCCUGAUCCAAGCCAUAGAGAAGAGAGGUCUGGACUCCAAAACAUUGUACAGGACAUCUGGUUCUUCAGUUUCAGACAGCUCAGUCUACACCCUGAGUUCUGAGAAUGACGUCAGUCAGAAAGAUGUGGGUUUACUGUCAGAGGGUGUCUUGCACUACCUGAGGGACCUCCCGUCACCUGUCAUCCCUGCCUCUAUCUACCCUCACCUACAAACUGCUAUCACACUGCAGCAGCAGGUCCUACAGCAGUCAGCAGAUGGUGCAGUAGCUGGUAGCCAUGACAGAGAGGUAAGCCUGGUCCUCGAGAGCUCCACCACCGUCCCUCUCCAUCACCGUCUCACCCUGCAGUACCUCCUCACACACCUAGCUAAGGUUAGCCAGGCACAGGCCAGCAACGGCUUGGACACACACACGCUGGGACAGAUCUUUGGACCGCUGCUGAUAAAGACAGGUCCCUCCACCCCUUGGUUGGAUGAGGAGUUAUCUGCCCUUGUGGUGGAGAGACUUCUGAUAGAGAGAACCACAGAACAAGAGCUCACUCCUCCAGUUCUUCCAGCAAAGCCAGUAAAGUCGAAAAUGCCUCCAUCAGCCAUGACAGACACAAGCAGCUUGUUGAAUGAUGCUGAGUGGUAUUGGGGAGAAAUCUCAAGAGAGGAGGUGAAUGAAAAGCUGCGUGACACUCCAGAUGGCACCUUCCUGGUCCGAGACGCCUCAAGUAAACUGGAGGGCGAGUACACGCUCACUCUCAGGAAAGGAGGGAACAACAAGCUGAUAAAGAUUUACCACAGAGACGGGCGGUAUGGCUUCUCAGAGCCUCUUACCUUCCUGUCUGUAGUCGAGCUCAUUAAUCACUACCGACACGAGUCCUUGGCCCAGUAUAACGCCAAGCUGGACACCAAGCUUCUGUAUCCCAUCUCCAAAUACCAACAGUUGGUGAAGGAGAACAGCAUAGAGGAGGUUGGAGAGCAGUUGAAGGUCUAUCACGAGCAGUACCAGGAGAAGAGCCGCGAGUACGACUCUCUGUACGAGGAAUACACACGGACCUCACAGGAGCUGCAGAUGAAGCGCACAGCCAUAGAGGCCUUCAAUGAGACUAUCAAGAUCUUUGAGGAGCAGUGUGAGACUCAGGAGCGCUACAGCAGAGAGUCUUUGGAGAGGUUCCAACGCGAGGGCAACGAAAAGGAGAUUCAAAAGAUCCAGAGCAACUCAGAGCGGUUGAAGUCUCGCGUGAAGGAGAUCCACGACAGCAAGCGUAAGCUGGAGCAGGACCUGAGAGACCAGGUCUCUGAUAACAGAGAGAUCGACAAGAAGAUGAACAGCCUCAAGCCGGAUCUCAUGCAGCUCCGCAAGAUCAGAGACCAGUACUUGAUAUGGCUGACACAGAAGGGGACGAGGCAGAAGAAGAUCAAUGAAUGGCUGGGCAUAAAGAAUGACGCUGAUGACUCCUACUCGUUGGAGGAGGAUGAGGGCUCACCCCACCAUGAUGAGUGUACCUGGUACGUGGGUGACAUCAAACGCACCCAGGCCGAGGAAAUGCUGAGAGGCAAAUGUGAUGGAACCUUCCUCAUCCGAGAGAGCCAAUCACAGAAGGGCUCGUACGCCUGCUCUGUAGUUGUUGAGGGUGACACCAAGCACUGCGUCAUCUACAAGACAGCCACAGGUUAUGGAUUCGCUGAGCCGUACAAUCUGUAUUCGUCCCUCAAAGACCUGGUGCUUCACUACAAAAACGUCUCCUUGGUCCAACACAACGACCAGCUGAAUGUAAACCUCGCCUACCCGGUCCUGGCCCGCUCUCAGAAUCAGAACCAGCACCCCAGAUGAAUUUAUUCACCAGCAGUGUAGGACACCAACCAGGGUGGGGAAAAAAAACUUUUCACUCAUACGCAUUGGAAAAAAACAAAACAACUAAAACUAAAACUCUGAACAAUAGUUGUUCAUGUGUUUAAGUGGCGGGUAAAAUCAACAACUACAGCCACGACUGCACGGCUGGAGGCUGGUGCUAAUUUCCCUGACUGACCCCAGUCCAGCAAAGAGCACUCCUUGCUAACAGCAUGGCUACAAAAUAAGCACACUACUACUACUACCCAUAACUAAGCACUGUACAGUUAGCCUGGCUGACGCAGUGAGUAACAUGGGGAGAGUGUCGCAUUAGCCAGCCAUGACUGUACAGUGUCAGUUAUGGGGGAUGUGGGGAGGGGGGAGUGUGAGAAAUUUACAAGAAAAUACCUUUUGAUACAGAUGAGAAAAGAAAAAAUGGACUAAAUGUGUUAAAAGGAAGAUAACAUAAGCACACAAAAAAAUAUCAAGAUGGAGAGAAAUCCUGAAGAAGAAGAGGAGAGAUCAGAUGUUCAGGAGGCACUUUUGUUUUUUUGUUUGUUUGUUUUUUUGCCUUGAACAUGUGAUCACUGUCCACAGACAAAGGCCCGAUCUGUCAUCCCCAGACUGCCUGCAAACUCUCCAUAGACAAGGGCCUGAGCUGUCAUCCACUGAAAGGACUGGCUUGGCUAAACCAGGCUGCUCACUUUCACACCUAACGGCGGCUGAGAAACCGUGGACCAGGGGGGUGUAGUCACUGGAGG